AUGUCGGAGACAGUCAAGUCACCAACUUCGUUUUUCAUCGAGGACAUCCUGUCCAUUAAAGAUAAGACACGGCUAAACUUCAGGCGCUCUUCCUCACACAAGUCCAAGGAGGAAUGCGCGCAAUGGAAUAACCAACAGCCCGAGCAAGUAUCACAAUCAGAGGAACUUUGCGCACAGGAUACAGCAUUUGAAGCGCGUAGAGGUGAGCUCAUUGGAUUGCAUUUAGGCUACUUAAAAAUAGUUUAGGCUAAGGUAUUGAUUGACGGUGAUGUACCAGAUUCCCUGGAAUCAUACUAAUAACAACAGGAAAUAAACCUAUUCCAUAUUAACCUGUGGAGUAGGCAGUUUACCUGUCAAAUGCCAGCUUUUGACGCAAAGUCACCACACCACAAAUGGGCUAAUCACGUCUCUCUUUUACAGAUUUCAUUGACAGCUCUUGUUCCAGCACCCCAGAUGCCAUGAUAAGUUUUACAUUAGUUGGCAAACAGAAGCGCUCGCGCGCUGCCUUCACGCAUCUGCAAGUGCUAGAACUGGAGAAUAAAUUUAAUCACCAGAAGUACCUGUCGGCUCCCGAAAGAGCCCAUCUUGCCAACAAGUUGAGACUGACAGAGACCCAAGUUAAAAUCUGGUUUCAGAACAGAAGAUACAAAACCAAACGGAAGCAGCAAGCUACGGAGUACUGUAAGGACAUCUUUCAAAAAUCAGAAGAACGAAGUACAGAGGACGAUUUAGUUAGAGCGUCGCUUCUCACCACGUUCUACAAAACAUAUAAAUACCAACCAUAUGUGUAUGACUUCAAUAGCACAUGGAGACCAAUCCUGUGGUGA